AAGCACCCUAACGAGUCACCCAGUCUGACAAGCACCCUAACGAGUCACCCAGUCUGACAAGGACCCUAACGAGUCACCCAGUCUGACAAGCACCCUAAUGAUUCAUGAUGAUGAUGAUGAUGAUGAUGAUGAUGAUGAUGAUGAAGAUGAAGGUGUGUUCAUGGGUCAACUGGAUGUGUUCACAGGGACAUUCGAGCUACAUCACACACCUGGACUGGUCACCUGACAACAACUUCAUCAUGUCCAACUCGGGAGACUACGAGAUCCUGUACUGGGAUGUUCCAAACGGCUGUAAGCUGAUCAGAAAUCGCUCCGAGUGCAAAGACAUCGACUGGGCCACCUACACCUGCGUACUGGGGUACCACGUGUUCGGUGUGUGGCCCGAGGGUUCAGACGGCACCGACAUCAACGCUCUGAUCAGAUCUCACAAGAGGAAGGUGAUCGCUCUGGCAGACGACUUCUGUAAAGUUCACCUGUUCGCCUACCCAUGCUCCACCCCCAAGGCUCCCAGCCAUAAGUACAGUGCUCACAGCAGUCAUGUGACCAACGUGAGCUUCCUGUAUAACGACAGUCACCUGGUCUCCACGGGGGGUAAAGACACAAGCAUCAUGCAGUGGCGCCUGGUGGAAAGACCCGCCAUCUCCCUCCCUGACGGACAGCUCUCUAACUCCGCCCCUGACUUCAUCCCGCCCCCUCUAUCAGUGACCACGCCCACACAGGAACCCAUCUCUGCCCCAACAGCCAAUGGGACCCAGGACCCCUACCCAGACAGCCCGGCCCCCUCAGCUCUGACCCCGCCCCCCUCCGCUCUGACCCCACCCCCCUCUGACAGCAGUGUGAGUCUGAAGGACAGCCUGGAUCCGAGCGACGACACGGCAACGCCCAGCGACGAAGGGCUGCCCCCUCUCACCUCUUAAUAGUGUUUGUGACUGUUGGUACAGCUAUCUUUGUGAGGACCAGCCAGACGUUGUGAUUGGACAUUCAGUGUAUGUGUGUGACCUCGGGUAACUUUUUCUCCAAUCAGAGCAGAGCAGUAAGACGGGAAGUGGACCUGAAGUCUUAAAUGAGUUUCAGAAACUGGUUCUCUUUACAUAUUGUUUUAGAAAUACUGGGAUAUUGCUGUUUAUGAUGAAAAAAAAACAGUGACGUAGAAGUAGCCGCAGGAAGUUUAAAACAGGAAACUGAUUCUCUCCUUUGACUGGACUUUGUUGGGCUUUUAUUUUGUUAAACUGCCACAUUUUUAUAGACAUUUCACAAUAAAAGCCCUCAAGGGAAGGGACAGAACUACGGGAGGCUUUUAAUGUGAAACAUGCAGGAAACAUGAACCACACCCAGAAGCAUGCUGGGAACAUUUGAACACGUCCGGCCAGUGGACGCAGGGGGGCCUUCAGAAUAAAGCGCCACCUGAAGGAGCUCCAGAGAAGCUGUGAUAGGUGAUUUAAUGUCAGUUUGUAUAUGCUGCAGAGAUCUGUGUAUAUUUCUGUUACCACCAGGGGGCAGCAGCUCCUCAGCUACACUGUAAAAACCACAUUCAACUCUCGCAUCUCUCAGCCAAUUAGGGGCCAGGACAGCUGCUCCUCUCUGAUUGGCUGGUUUUCAGUGACUGAUUGAGUGACUGCUGAUCUGUGUUUCUUAUGGACCAUCUCUGUUUAUUGUUCUGAAUGCCAUCACCCCACGGGUGGUCAUUAAUGUUUUGCCUUUUUAAUACUUUUUAUCUUUAUAUCUCCAUCUCAUAUCUCCAUCUUUGAUUUGUCAAUUUACUUAUCUUUUAUAUCUUUAACCUUUAUAUCUCCAUCUUCCAUGUCAUCAUUUUUUCUAAUCUGCCCUCUGGGGUGCGGGGUUAUGUGAGGGGGGCGGUGACGCGAUUGGUGGGGUCUGUCUGUUAUUUUACAGUGUUCGGUAACCAUGACAACGUUCAUGUGACUGUUUUGAGCCAAUCAUGUUUUCUCAAAUGCAUCCCUGUCAGACGACAGACUGUACUGAAGAUUUCAACAAAAAAAUGCAAAUAAAUGUUAAAAACGGA